UGCAGUCUCUCCUGCAGGAUGCCCUCUUCUGAGUGAGGAAAUCUGUCUGAUCUCCUAUAUUUUGUUCCUUUAGAACAAAAUGAAAGAGUUUUGAUCGGAUUCUGGAGGAUUAUUUUGGGUAAUUACAUUAAAACCACUCGGAUAUCAGGGGACAGUUAUGGCCAGUUUGCACAUGGACGGGUUAUAUCUGUGGAUACUCGGCUCUUUUUGGGGAACUGUGGAGGCCAUCCACCCGGAUUGCGCCAUCAUCUCACAGCACAUGAGGGCUCAGGAGCUCUGCAGUCAGACCAAGAAGAAAGAGAGCAAGAACCAAACGGAACCACAGGGCUGCAAGACGGAAUGGGACGAGAUCCGCUGCUGGCUCAGAGCCGACGUUGGCCAGGUGGUUAACAUGUCCUGUUCAGAAGUUUUCCAGCACUUUUCCAGCAAGCAAGGUUACAUCUACAGGAACUGCACAGCAGAAGGCUGGAGUGACCUGUACCCACCUUACGAGAAAGCCUGUGGGUUAGGGAAUGACACAGAGCCUGAAUCUAAGACAACCUACUUCUCAACGUUUAAGCAGGUGUACACAGCAGGCUAUGCCACAUCUCUGAUAUCUCUCAUAACAGCUAUCUUAGUCUUCACUUUCUUCAGGAAGUUCCACUGUACCAGGAACUACAUCCACAUCAAUCUCUUUUCUUCCUUCAUUCUCCGGGCCAGUGCAGUCUUCAUCAAAGAUGCAGUUCUUUUCUCAGACGAGUCCCUGGAUCACUGCUUCAUGUCCACAGUGGCAUGUAAAUCUGCUGUAGCUUUCUUCCAGUUCAGCAUCCUGGCUAAUUACUUCUGGUUGCUGGUGGAGGGCAUGUACCUGCAGACGCUGCUCGCUCUCACCUUCGUCUCGCAGAGGAAGUACUUCUGGUGGUACAUUCUGACUGGAUGGGGCGUGCCAGCAGUUGUCCUUAUUGUUUGGGUGUUGGUACGACAUUUCUACGACAACAGUGGUUGCUGGGAUGACACGGAUAACAUUGGUGUCUGGUGGAUAAUCAAAGGUCCAAUAACAGCAUCCUUGUUUGCCAACAUUAUCAUCUUCCUAAAUGUGAUCCGGAUCCUGGUCGAGAAGCUCAAGUUUCCCGGUGUAGGAGGCAAUGACACUGGCCAUUUCAUGAGGUUGGCUAAGUCCACUUUGUUCUUGAUCCCUCUGUUUGGGAUGCACUACACCGUGUUCGCCUUCCUGCCAGAGAACACGGGAGAAACGGCGCGACUCUACAUCGAGCUUGGCCUAGGCUCCUUCCAGGGCUUUGUGGUUGCUCUUCUGUACUGCUUUCUCAAUGGCGAGGUACAGGCUGAGCUGAAGAGGAGCUUGUGGACAUGGCAGACCCAGAAUCAGCUCAGCCCUGGUAAAAAGCGGCGCAUCACUGUCACUCAGAUUAGCAUACUGGAGAGGGGCGAACCGCAGUCACAUUUCAGUUCCAUUAAAGUCACGUCAGUGUGAAUGUCCAACUUCAAGUCCGAGUUGUAUCAAUGGGAAUGCAAGCAAAUGGGAAUAUCCUUGCAUCUUCUGAGGACACAAAGGGAUGUGAAAUACAGAGCAGAUCUCAGGAAGAGCUAAGGAUCAGCGAGCGGAGAUUAAAGAAUUAAAAUGCAGAUUGGUUUGAACAACCAGAAGAUAACAGAAAAAAAAAAGAAGCGUGAAGCAAGUGACCCGCUUCAAAUAGGUUAUUACAGAAGAUCUUGCACUGUUUAUAACGCUCCUUUAGACAUAAUAGUUAUAUGCAUAAUAGCUAUGAUUAACAUUUUGAGCACUAUGGAUCCAGUGCUGAGGAUUCAUAAGCUCAGUUUUAACUGCAGGCUAUAGAGCUAUUAUUUAAUUUGGCAUCAGAUAAAUGGUCCCAGUGCUCUUCUGAAAACUGUACCAUCCUUAAUAUUCAGGUCUGAGGCACCUCAUUACUGUGAAGUACAGAUUCCUGUUAAUUGCAGCUGUUUGUGGAUUAAAGUUAUUUUUGCCACCUUUCAAGGUUUUCCUUAUGGAUUAGACUGAAACAAACUGCAAACCACAGAAUGAUUGCCAAUCAGCGCUUCAUACAUCUUAUCAAAUAUACAUGUUGUACAUGGGAAAAUUAUUGUUCAGAUUGUAGCACAGACCAGCCUGCUUCAAAUUGCACUUGUGUGUACAGUGUAUGUUACACAUAGAAAUAAAGAAAUAAAUAUCGUAAAUAAUUGCAGUUUAAAAGAUGUUGU